ACUACUAUCAAAGUUGUUAAAGGAGUGGUUUUCUGCUAAAAAUGUGACAGUUUUAAGCUGGCCAUCUCAAUCACCGGACUUGAAUCCAAUUGAACACUUGUGGGAAGAAGUAAAUCGUCAAGUUCGAAAACAUGCACAUUCAAAUAAGGCCGCAUUAUUCAAAUCAUUGAAAGAAGAAUGGAGUAAAAUUUCACCUGCUUGCAUUAAUCGACUAAUUGAGUCGAUGCCACAUCGUUGUGCUGCUGUUAUCACUGCAAAGGAUAUACCAUGGAUAACUCAAGAUAGUACACCAACCUGUCUAGAUAUUUUUCGAAAAGUUAAAAAGCUAAUCAAGACAUUCUCUAACGUUGAUUUUGCUAAUUGUCAAUGCCAUCUUAUAUUAACGACCGUUUACACACAGAUAUUGGAACAUUGUCGAGGAAUCGGAAAGCAAGAUAUAAUAUUGACGGCAAUUUUGGAAUUUGUGGAAGUUUGUUUAGCAGGUAGCAACAUACCUCAAGCUCGCAGACUGCUAAGUGAUGCUGAAGAUCUGCUUCAGCAAAUGUUUGAAGCCAAUGCAGAAGAAUCAAUAGUCUUAUUUUAUCUCACUGCGAAAGUCCAAACGCUUCAAGCUAGAUGUCAUCUAGAGAGCGGUCUAUUUACCGAAGCAAAAAAAAAAUUAAAGGAAGUGAUGAGCAAUCUAGGUUACGAUUUUCCACAACACAAAUUCAUGAUCAACGUGAAUUCGACGAUUCAACUUGAGUUGCUGAGAUGCAAACUGGCUUGUCCUAAACAUUGGAAAAUUGAAACCACCGACGAAUACACAAUGAAUUAUAUCGAACAACUGUCCAAUUGUUUGGCACAAAUGUUUAAUGUUUUUAGAGGUACAAAAGGAAUGAAGAAACAGGCACGGCUAGCAGCAAUAUGGGGCCUAAACGCUGCACUAGAUUCAUCAAGAGAUUUCCUUACGAUCUGCACUUCGUUUACAAAUAUGAUGCUCACUGCGCACGUUUAUCAAGACAAGUCAAUUAUACUCUAUUUAGAAAAACACGCUCUCAGCAUUUGUGCGAAAAAAGGAAACUUUCUGGAAUUUCAAGAACUCAAUGCCAUUGCUGAAGUCUAUGCGGGGAUAUUUUUUUCACGGUGGUUGAGAGGAGAAAUCAGCAAAGCCAUCAAAAUUGGCUUCAUUGCGACUAGAAUGGCGCAAACCAUGGACUCUGUAUUCCUCAAAUUGCUCAUACUACCAAGAUUAGUUCACUUGCUUAUGAUCUUGUGUCGUCAUUCCGAAGUCGUGGCUUUGCUGAGAGAAUUGGAAUUUGCGUCGCAAAACAACGUGGACAAAUGGGGUCGCAAUUGGUAUUAUGCAAUUUGCGCCGAUGUGCAGCUCGAUACCGGUCUUACGAUCCUCUCAUUUCGAAAUUGUGAGCGAUAUUAUCUUCAAGAAGGAGAGAAUAUAAUUAGCCUGCAAGAUCCUGAAGCAGAGAGGCGGUAUUUCACCUCCAUGUGGUUGUGGUCCAUCAGAACGCAACAGUGGGAAGCUACGAAAGUUUGGACCAGCAGGAAUGUGACAGCUGAGAGCAUGAUAGACGAACACAAAGUAGCGGCGACAAUUACCGCAUUGAAGAAACUCGAGGGCCUGCUAAUUUUAUACGUGCGGGAAGUCACUGGAAAAAACGUUAACGCGCUAAUUACAAUGGCGGAAAUUAAAAAUAAAUUCAAGCAUGUUGAGAAAAUGAUCAAGAUUGUAAAAAUCACAAUUCCCAGGUAUAUGUUGAUGAAAGCUUAUUAUUAUAUGAUCCAAUCACGAAAGAAAGCUGCGAUGAAGAUGCUACAACAGACAAAGAAAUUAUCUAUGAAAAUGGACAAUAGAAUGAUCUACGCAUGGGCGAAUCAUUGUCAACAGGCGUGGCUAGGUGCCUUGUCUUCUGUACAUGAAAACUUAUGGAAAGACAAAUCUCUCAAGUUAGAUAACGGAUGGAAUGAAGUAAAUGCCAACGAUUCUACAAUGGUGCCCUUUACAUUUCCAUUGCCAAAAUAUGUUUUAUAAAUAUCUAUAAUUAUAAUGCUAUAUAUACAAUAUAUAUUUCUGUUAAUAUAUAUGUAAUA